AGUUUACCUUCUCUAAAGUUGUCCUUUAUUCUAUGCCUGCACUCCGUAGCGUGCAUCAACGUGUAUAGGCGCGCAACCUAAACAUCAUUCAUACAAAAUAGCGUCAUCCAGUAUUUUUCGAAACAAAUGAGCGAUGCAACCGGUAGAAAUGCUUCGUCUGCCGCAGCUGUUAAACGAGCUGCCCGAGCGGAAGCUCAGCGCCGCCGCCGUCGGAAUCCUGAGGUGCGCGCCGCCGAAGCAGAAGCUAAGCGCCGUCGCCGAGAUGCAGUGCGAGCCGCCGAAGCAGAAGCUUAUCGCCGCCUCAGUCAAGAGGACCCUACAUUCCGAGCCGCAGAAGCUCAACGCCGCCGACGUCAGAAUCCAGAGGUGACACUGUGCAAGUUCAGUGUUGAUCAAGUGCAUACAUUGGGCCAUCAGAAAGAGACUGGACAUGUGAUGGUGGAAACGAGCACCCAAACUGCCAUGGCCUUCCAACGGACCAUCCCUGUGCAGACUAGACCAACGAAAUUAAGGAGCCAAGGUACAUGCACGGGCCCUGAAUGAUGAGCUGAAGGAGAAAUAAUCAUCCAUUUUAUGCUGAAGAGAAUACAUUGAAGAGGCUCGACCGGAGGGAAGCAAGCCACCAUCAAGCUAGCACCUGUUGUGGUACACUAAGGAACACCUUGCCUAGAGUCGACCACGUGGAACCAGCUGUUUGCUGGCAAUGCCAAACGCUGCCAUCAUGAAGAUAGCGCACGAAGAGUGCAUGCGAGAAACCUUAAGCAGUACAUUAUUGCCAAAAGUGUUCAAGGAGUAUUGUAAUGAUAUUUGCGACUUGUCACUUUCUUGUUUGUUGAAUGGAAGUGCAAACCCUCUGAAUCCCAGAAAAAUAUCCUCGAGUAUCAUAGCACCGUAAAUAAUUUAUACUACAAUGCUUUUUUUGUAGUACCAGGAGGUGCACCCUCCACGACAUCACAAUGCACUAGGUUGCUCCAUUCUCGUGUCCACUGCAGCUAUAGCCAAACGUGUGCAGCAUUCUGAACCCUGUAUAAUGCCCAUUGUAUCAUGUAUGGUAUGCCGUUCUGAUACCUUUAAAUUCUGAUUUUAGCAUGAAAGCUACACACAUAGCCUGCAGCAGAGCUCUUUAUAAACCGUAGUGUGUUUAGUUGUGGAUACUUCAGGGUAGUGUGUUUAGUUGUGGAUACUUCAGGAAACCAAGCAUACUAAUCAAUCACUGUAAAAAUUAAGUUUUACAUAAAAAAAAAACAAAUUUGUUGCUUUUUUUUUUUACAAAUUUACUCUCCCUGGCCCGAAAUAAAGGUUAUCAAGUUGUUCUAAUUUUCUUUGAUGUAGAACUGUGUUUGGGCAAUACAGGGUUAAUUUUUUAUAAGCAAACUACACAAACAGCAAAUUUUGCUCAGUGUCAUGACUAGGUCUGGGCAUCAACCAAAAAAAUUUGUUAAAUAAUCGGAACGCAUGAACAAAAUUUUCAGAUUCACA